AUGUCUUCAGAAUCUCCUCUAAGCGCAUCUGCGCCUGGGGAUUCCCCAAACAGAGGCUACGUCUCUGAACGCCCCUCUUCUUCUACUCAUCCGAGAAUAUCAGAAGGUUCAGAAGGUUAUCCCUCAUGGCUUCCAAGGAGGCCUCCGCCGCCUGCACCAGCAUCAACUUUCCACUCCUCCGUUGCAAUGUUCGAGCCUCCCCCACCCGAGACGUUCUCGGGCGGUCGAAAGGCUACACCACGUUCUGUGCGUGUUGUGAGCCUCCAGGAAAAUGCGCAGGCUAGCGCUAAUCCGUAUAAUCGCCGGGAUAUCACAGACCAGACUUUGCAGAGUAAUCCUCUACGUCCUCGAGUCUGGUCACGUGCUACGACUACUGGCUUGAGUGAAACUGUAGUGUUACCAGCAGUCAAAACACAGGAGCACUCUCAGCCACCAAAGUUUCGGUCAACUGGUCUCCAUCCGGAACUGCUUCGGAACCCUUCUGCCCUAACUCGUCUUUACUUUUACUUGCUUCCUCUCAUGACUUUCUACCACAUUCCUCUGCAAACAUUCUUCGACUUCAAUGCUGUAUUUAUAAUGAUCGCCAGGUCUCCUAAUCCUUCCGCACCAGGUGUGCCAGGUUCGGGCAAGAAUUGGGCUCUCGGUGCUGCAGCGUACAUAGCUUGUUGGCUGGCUUGGAUUACUAUGGUUCUUGUUCUAUAUGAACUUGUCUACUCCUUCUGGCGCCGAUGGCGUGUCAAGCGACCGCUCAUCACGCCAUUAUAUCUUUCUUCGGCUGCUUUCAACCUUGCUUCCAUGACGUCAUACACGAACUUCUGCUUCAUGCAGUACAUCCGCUUCUCGGCUUUCUUUGGCGAAAAUGGUAGUCUUCGCGAUGGUAUUGCGGAAACGUUCUGGUUUUACUCGCAGAACCUGCCCACUGUCGCGCUUCUACUACCUAGAGCGGGACUCUCCCUAGCUUUGCUACUCGCAUUUACAUCCGCUUCUCCUGAUUAUGUUGCUAUGCUCGAAGCUGGCUUCAUUCGCCGUGAUGGAACUUACUUCAGUGCGUCUGAUGGCACACUAACGGUUUACGCCCGUGGCGUUCUUAUAGCCAAUGCUGCUUGGACGGCGUGGCGUGUUCUUGUGCUGCUCUUCAGCUGGAUUGGACUGUGGAUUCUUAGUGGCCAGGCAUGCGCCGGACUCUGUGGGCCGCGUUUCAGAUGGGAGGAAGAUGAUCGCGAGAAGUCUCUGUCCAACUACAACGGUGACGGUGCCUCUGAGGCGGAUGCUCUCCCGUGGCACUGGAAAAUUUGUACGCGUCUACGUAUCCAAGAAGCAUAUGAUUUCUGCUUGACGGUGAAGCCUCCUGCACGGUGGUCUGGUACCGCAAAGAAGGAUGAACCGGGACCGCUGGGCUUGAAAACCUCUCCACCGUUCGAAGUUGACCAGGUGCUUGCGGCUGUCGGUUUGUCUUCCGUGCCACCACUAGCAAGGCGCGGUGCGCUUUCAGAGGAUCUUUUCGCUCUUCCGAGAGAGGUGUCUGGUGAGGCGCCAGCACCUCCACCGGAGCUGUCCGAGAUCAUCCCCAAAGUCGUAAAGAGAUCAUCGAAGGAUAAGGAGAUGUCCGGUCCUUCGGCACCUCUCCUCAAGCUUCCGUAUCCGUUCGCCGGGUAUGGUGCUCAAGUGUCAUCUAAAGAUCAAAUUCCUUUCCCGCCUUCCCCUGGUUCCACAAAGGAAAAGCGCAGAUCACCACCCACCAGCGGCUCAGAACGUCCAGCACAAGAUGAUGAAGAGGAUGAAGAAGAAGCAGAAGAAGAGGAUGAUGAUGACGACGACGAUGACGACGACGACGAUGAUGAUGAAGAGGAAUCAGACGAAGAGGCCGAGGUUGAGAUCGAGGUCGAAAAUAACAGCGAAGCUCCGCCACGUACCUCGGGUUCAAUGUCCAGUCUUGGACAGCCAGUAUCAUCUCGUUACCCAUUCCAAAUUCGUCGUCCUGGCCGUGGAGGUUCAGUUUCUUCAACGACUGGUACACACUCGACUCCUAAAACACAUCCAUCAACGAAUACUCGUUCAACGGUGUCGCGAACGUCAACUUCUACACAAUCCACUGGCAAUCGUGAUACCUCAUCUGAAUCUCCCCAUUCGCAUGGCAUGAGCUCGGGGUUGUCCAGUCCUAGUUCUGGAUAUGGUAGCCCGAUACCUAUGCCACCUCGUCAUCCCCAACCAGGCCGUGGUCGCGCUCGUGCAGGAACCGUUCCAGCGUUGUCGCCUCCCUCUCCGAUCGUGUACACUGCUCCCACCAGAAUUCGUGUCGAUAGCGCCAAUACCGAGACUUUUGGUGGCGGCGGUUAUGAAUCCUUCCUUAGUGAGGAGGUUGACGAUGACGAUGAGGCAGGGGAGGAUGGGGAGGAGGAGGAACAGACAGAAGACCAGUACGAUGAGCCUCAGAUGAUGGAGCAGCCUGUGCCUGAAGGUCCCCAUGAAGCUGCGGAAGGCGAGGAUAGUGUUGGUCUCCUCGGAGUUGGUCCUCGCAGCCCGAAAUCAUCGAUGGUCAGCAGCCGUCGCCGUCGUGGUCAUCGCUCAGAUUCUGGGGUUCACAAUCUGGACGUUCUCGAUCUAAUUCUCGAUCUGCCUCUCAAUCGGGUUCGUCGAGUUCUCGUGCUGGUUCAGCCCAUCGGAGCCGCCUCACGAUCAUCGUUGGAUCUUGUCCAGUCCAUACGCUCUCGUGCAAAUUCGUCUAUGGCUCGUCUUGAGGAGGAUACGACGUAUUCAUCCGACUCUCGCUCACGUAGCGGGUCGGACGGAGUUCACAGCAGCAACGAGAAUUAUACUUUCGGAGUGAGGCCACCUAUGGGGCAACGCUCUGGGUCACGUCUGAGAGAGACUUCCUCGAACCCCUCCAUCUAUACCCCCUCUAUUUCUGCACCUUCAGAGGCGACUACCUCUCGUCUCACUGCUCGCCCUACCUCCCGUGAGCGAGAGGUCGAGCGAUUAGAUAUCCCCGGGCGGCCGUAUGGGGGACAAAGUGAUGAUAGCCGACCCGACAUCAGUACCGCAGCUCAGUCGUUCAUAACAGCGGCUGCUACAUUAGAAGGCACCUCAGCAUCUAGUGAACCCCCAGCAAGUUGGCAAGAAGUGUCGCACAUGGUUGACAGACCAGGUACCGAGUGGAGACCUGCAUGA